AUGGAGGAAGAUGUGAGGGAAGCCGCAUAUUUAUUAGCCUCCCCAACUACAACCGGCGAAGUAGCAGCAGCUUCUUCGAGCUCAUUAGCCAACAGCUCGGGCAGCAACGACACGACUACCGGUGCUGAGUCAAUGUAUGGCGAUCGUCCGGCACACUGCUACUACGAACAGCCACCGCUGACUGACGAACGAUUCUGGCUCGUCACUGUAUUUGGCACCACUGUGUCCAUAAUUAGCAUCAUUGAAAACGUAUUCCUAAAGCGUCAUCGCACAACGUACAAUCUAUAUCUUAUGUUACUGGCAUUUUUCGAUGUAUUUGUAAGCGCUGCAUAUGUGUUAUUGAUGUCCGUCAACGUGCUCAGUGACUAUCUGCAGUCAGUCAGCCUUAUGAGACUAUGGUUCGGUUAUAUGGUACCAAUUAUUACAAUAUCGCACAUUGGAAUGACCUCAUCUUCAUUCCUUAUACUGGCCGCCACAUUUGAGCGUUACUGCAUUACCGUUCAUUCGAAAUAUGUUCGUUUUGCACAGCAACAUCGAAAAAUGAUUGCUGCAUUCGCUGUCCUGUUGGGUGUUAUUAGCAAAGGAACGAUGUGCCUUGAGUUCAAAGUACGUACUUUCCUUGAUCUGCUCGCCUCUCUAGCAAAAUUCUUUGCUGGCACCGGACAUACGCGAUGGCUGAAUUUGAAAUCUUUAGCUUACACAUGCACAGAGAAUAUCCCUGCAAAAUUUCAGCCUCACAUCUUGUCUAGUUCGCGAAAUCGUCUCCCUCCAAAAAAAUUUGCAUAUUUUUUUCUGCGGUCUUUACGCGAGAUAUAGGC